AUGAUUCAUCUUGUAUCCUCUGAUGUAGCAGCGGUUCUUGUAUGUGAAAUAUCACAGGAGUUUUUCGAGCCUGAGGAGCUUCGGAAUCCAUUAGCGGAUCAUGUGGAUGUCAGUCAUGCAGCUAGUGAAGCUUUGAUUGUGUGCGGAGGCCGCAGUAUAUCCCAUCCAUGCCGAACCGUCAGAUUGCGUCGCUUCUCUCUCCACGUCUCCGUCCCGUAUCCGCCGCAAUCUUUGCUAAGGCUAGGGUUCGUUCCUUAUCCCCCGCCAACCCAUUAUAAACCCCCCCACCCCCUUCCCACUCGACUGCGGCGGCGGCGGCGGCGAGAUGGCAUCCGAAAGCAGCAUCGUCAGCGGUCUACGGCCACAACGACCUCUCGCGAUCCCAAGAAAUCCUCGACCUUCUCCGUCAAGGUCGGCCUCGCCCAGAUGCUCCGCGCCGGCGUCAUCAUGGACGUCGUCACCCCCGAGGCAGCCCCUGCCGAGGAGGCCGGCGCGGUCGCGGUCAUGGCCCUCGGGCGCGUCCCCGCCGACAUCCGCGCCCAGGGCGGCGUCGCCCGCAUGAGACCCGGCCUCAUCAAGGAGAUCAAGCGGGCCGUCACCAUUCCCGUCAUGGCCAAGGCCCGCAUCGGCCACUUCGUCGAGGCCCAGAUCCUCGAAGCCAUCGGCGUCGAUUACGUCGACGAGAGCGAGGUCCUCACCCCCGCCGACGACGACCAUCACAUAAACAAACAUAAUCUUGCGUCCCCUUUUGUCUGCGGCUGCCGCAACCUCGGUGAGGCCUCCCGUAGGAUUCGAGAAGGGGCCGCCAUGAUCAGGACGAAAGGGGAGGCGGGGACCGGGAAUGUGGUCGAGGCGGUCCGCCAUGUCAGGUCGGUGAUGGGUGACAUCCGGGCGCUUCGGAACAUGGACGACGACGAGGUCUUUUCCUUCGCCAAGCGCAUUGCUGCGCCUUACGAUUUGGUUAUGCAGACGAAGCAUGCUCGGGAGGUUGCCCGUCGUGCACUUUGCUGCGGGGGAAUUGCUACGCCGGCUGAUGCCGCGCUCAUGAUGCAGCUCGGGUGUGACGGGGUUUUCGUGGGGUCGGGGAUUUUUAAGAGCGGGGAUCCGGCGAGGAGAGCUAGGGCGAUUGUGCAGGCGGUGACGAAUUAUAGUGAUCCUGACGUUCUUGCGGGGGUGAGCUGUGGACUUGGGGAGGCUAUGGUUGGGAUCAAUCUCAAUGAUGCGAACGUCGAGAGGUUCGCUAGUCGAUCUGAAUGAACUGAGCUGAAGAAAUAAAAUCCGAUUGAGGUGAAACAUUUUAAUAGUUUUAAGUCUUAAAAAAUGCUUGUAUGGUUUAAAAGAAAAGGUUUUAAAAAUGCUUGCUCCUAGCAGCAUAAACAUUUAUUUAUAAUUUGGAUACUUGAUCCUUUAAGUAUGUCAUAUCUUUUUGCUUUUUUGUUGGCACUAUAUCAUGCUUCUUCUUUGUUCUUUCCGUUUCAAAUGGCAUAAUGGCUUGUUCAUCUUGUGGUAUAAUAAAAUCUUCUUCAUUGUUGCAGCA